ACGCAGAGGUCAUGAAUGGCGCGAACUGACAUGUGUUUCUGGCGACAAUGACAUGCCUUCAAGUUCAACAACCAUUCACAGUAGGGUAGAUGCUGCCAUGCUCUCUGCACGACCCUUCCCUUCCGCCACCGGCCACCAGGCAAUGGCAUCUACUCUCGGUCUCCGCUCAAUAUUUUGUCUAUGGAACGGAGGACAAUGCAGGUCCCUGGGAGGUUUUGGAUAACUAGUUAGAGAGUUAAAAGAAGAUUAUUUAGAUAUCAGUAAAAUGGAGCUGAUGCGAAGGCUGGGGGCAGUGCUGGAGGCGUGCAAACCCUAUCUGUACCAGAUCCUAAUCCAACUUUGUCUCGCAAUUUUCCUGAUCUUGGUUCAAAUCAUAGUCUCCAAAGGCAUCAGCGCCAUCGUCAUUGUGGUUUACGAGCAUGUUCUCUCCACCAUUGCCCUAUCCCUUUUGGCUUUCUUUCUCGAAAAGGACAGGAGGCCCUCCCUCUCCUUCAAGAUACUAUGUUAUGCCUUCGUGUUGGGAUUACUGCAGGUUACUCUCUGCCAAAUGUUAUUGACAAUGUCAUUGGAAUUCGUAUCAUCUACAUACCAAAGUGUGGCAUUGAACCUUGUACCGUCCAUAGUGUUUGCAUUGGCACUGGCUUUCAAACAAGAAAAACUCAAAUUUCAGAGCAUCAAUGGGCAGGCCAAAAUAUGGGGACUGGCUUCCUCAGCUGCUGGAGCAUUGGCACUACUGUUGUGGAAGGGACCGGUUCUACUGAAAUCUACUUUGUAUAAAAGCUUUAUGGCGACCAGUGCAGGUCUCAUUGGUGGCACAAUGAUUGUUGUUGGCAUUUUGGCAUCGGCUUUUUGGCAUAUUUUGGUGAGGCAUGUUACUCGGAAAUACCCAGCAGAAUUGUCAUUGACAGCAAUGAUGAACUUGUUUGGCAGCCUGCAAACAGCCACAGUCUCAGCAUUUGUUGUCAAAGGGUCAUCAUGGGACCUCAAGUGGGACGGAGGCCUUUCCCUGAUCACCGUAUUGCUGGGAGGAAUUAUGGUGACGGGGGAAACCUACGUGCUUGUUUGGAUCAUUAAAAAUAAGGGACCUGUGUUCGGCUCUGCGUUUAACCCACUGCUCAUUCUCUUCUCCUUUCUUCUGCAGACGUUUGUGUUGGGGAACUCUCCUCACUUGGGCAGCGUGGUGGGAGCAGUAUUUGUAAUUGCAGGUCUCUACCUACUUCUGUGGGGAAAAGCCAAAGAGACAGAGGAAGAGCAACUGAAUGGAGCAGUUGAUUUCAUUGAUUCUCCUUUGAUUCAGCAAUGAUCACUAGUAUUUGUGGAUGAGGGAAGAAUUUGGCAUCAUCUGUCUUCUUAAAUAGCAAUGAUCAUUAGUAUUAGCUUUCUUAUUUGUAGAUGAGGGAAGAAUUUGGCAUCAUUUGUCUUCUUUAUUAUUAUGAUCUGGAUGUUCUCAAUUUUUAUGUUCUCCAUUUUCUUCUUCAGCUAUUGGAUUUGUGUCUGUCUAGUAUGAUAUCAAUGCAAUGUGUAUGACCAAUUUUCCUA